GAGCAAUAUAUCCUCCACCUCUCACAAUUCCGAAACCUCGACGAAACCAUCACAGUUCUCAACGCUUACCAAAAGUUCCGCAGGCACUGCAUGGACGCAGGGAUGAACACUACUUUCCCUAAGCUCCUCAUAUAUCACUACGGGCCAUCCCGCAGCUCCAAAAGUACCUUGAUCUACGAUGCCAUCCUCUCUCAUAUCGAGACGGCCAUGCCGCGUCUCAGAUCGUGCAUCUAUGUAAUGCAAAUCGGCCCGCCAGACCAACUCUGGAAUACUCUUCUGACCAAAGCAAAAGUCAUCAUUGAGCUAUCCAUGUGCGAAGGUAUCCCCGCCAUGCUGCUGGCCGCCGUGCAGAAGGGGAAACCCAUAAUCACUGUCAAUGAAAUGGGUCAGUUUUCCUUUACCAAGGGCGUUGAUAAUAUACUUUUCUUUCAGAAGGGCGAUGCAGAUACCAUCGCCAGGCUUCUGACGGAUCUCUGGACUGAUCCUCAGCUGAGUGAGUUGUUGCUGCCGGGGCCGAGGAGGUUGCGGGAUGAGUAUACGACGGUUGGGAACGCGGUCAAUUGGUUGUUUUUGGCGGCAGAAAUGUCGCGAGACAGUAAUACUGUGGAGCCGGAAGGGAAGAGUAUCUUUGAGUUGGCUGGUCAGGGGGCUGGUUUGUGUGUUUAAAAUGGUAUUGCCAAAUGCUCGUCUUACUGACUAAUGCGUGGGGUGAAGCCCUUUUCUUUUUAUUAAUAUUUACCAUUGGAAGGGAUAGUAUGUUAGCCAUAGGAGACUAUCGAAUAUGAUCC